AUGGCGACUAACAUCAAGGAGUACACCUUUGAAGGCGGGACACCUUACACCAUUGGAUCGUGCAUCACCCUCAGAAUACAAGGCACAUCCAAGUCAGUCGAAUGCAAAAUCGUAAAGCACCUCGAAUGCAGUCAUGCUUGCACUAUGGUUGUACGGCUCACUCUACCGCGGACCAACUACGAAGCACACUACGUCCUCAAAGUCUUCGACCGGAGGUUCACUUUUCAACGCAGAUACUGCGUCGCCCUGGAGCCUUGGGUGAACGGUGCUGAUGAACAAGCAUACCAGGAGUUCGUCCUCAGCGGCCAAGCCAAGCAUCUUGUUGACCAUAAGCUCACCGACUGGUACUCCUGGUAUGACCUGAAAGAUGACGAUGAUGGCAAGUAUUUUGAACACUCUGACGAUCCGAGAUCUACGAUUCCUGGUGCAGACGACGCCCGUGUUCAGUGGUGGUGUCGUCAUGAGCGAUACAAUACGGAGACGAAUGCGUACAAGCUGAUGCAGAAGCACCAGGGGGAGAUCAUUCCACGCAUACAUGCUCUGGUCACCGUACGGAACUCGUGUCUCUGGGGCCAAGUUCCCACAGAAUAUAGCGACAGUGUUAAUUUAGCAUUUCAAGCCCCUGGACUCUUAAUGGAAUAUAUUGGCGGCUUCAAGAUUAGCGACAUACAGCACCACGUCUCUAUCGAGCACUAUCAGCAGAUUAUGGAUGGUGCCACCAGCGUAUUUGAACAGACACAGGCCUGCGGAGUAUGCCAUCAAGAGGUCAAUUGCGUGGAUAUGCUUGUACGGCCAAAAUUGAGCAGCUCCUCGGCGAAGACUGUCACGUAUCAGACUGUCUACGUCGACUGGUCUGACACGAAGUUUCGGGAACCGACUGACUCAGAUGCCGGAUGGAGUCAGAUAGUUUACGAAGCGUCUGAAGCAGAUUCAAUCGGCUUGGCUAUGCUUGGAGUUGUAAAGCCUCACGCUCGAUAUAUGCGGACUCAAGAGUGUCAAGACAGAGAAGACAUUCAUGCGCAUGAGCACUGGUGUAAAACAUGUCUGCAAACUCAUGAGCAAAGUCUCGCUAGCUGGGCAUGUAGCGGUUUCGACCAUUGGAGUCUGCACUCUUCCCGUGCUCUUCGUGAAGAAAAUGCAGCAAAGAGGACUGCGGGAUUGGAAUAA